GCUCAAGUCGGUUUGUUUCUGUGGUUAAAGAGGAACAUAUACGUGGUCAUAUGACCGUAGAGAAGAGUGUUUACAUUGUGCCUUACUGUACGCCGAAAAUAAAAUAGUGGUAAUUAAAAAAAAAAACCUCUUCAAACCGUCAGCAAAAUGACAAAGCUGGAGGUCAUCAACACGUUUCUGACGGAGCGCCUAAUGGCGGCGCUGAAUGAAAUCAUGGACAUGAUCGGCGGGACUGUCCUGCAGUAUGAGAAAGAGCUGGACAGCGUGCAAAAGGACAACGAGUAUCUGAGACGGAGACUCAAAGAGAUCGAGAAAAUCGUCGAGUCGACUGCUCCACCCAUCUCAACCCCUGCACCAUCAUCUCCACCUGCUCAUCUAAAGUGGACUUCUAGCACCGAAACAGAAACAGUUCCUACAGAGAUCUAUCAGAACCAGGUACAGAGCGAACAGCUCACCAACACAAAAGUAGAAGAGUUCUCCAGCCAUAUGCUUCUCGUGACCGAAUCGGAGAUUACUUUACCUGCUCCUGCAAUCCCAAACACACUAGCACAAACAAACGAAGACUUUGAAACGUGCGCUUUAGACAAAUAUCCUUGUGACGUUAAAACCGAGCCUCCUGAAAGUCUCCAUUCACCGUCCACAAACAUCUACAGUCCAUUACCACAUUGCACAUCUCAGCUACCAACUACUACUGAUAUCCUUCACGAGGCUAAUCCUGAAGUUUUUAACACAUCCAAUUCCACCGAUUCGGAAUUAGCUCAAUGUAGGAAUGUAAAGGCUAAAUCCACGCCAGAAUCCAUCAGUAAACACAGCCCAAAUGCAAGCAAGACCAUGUAUCCUGAGUCAGGCAUCAGCUACAACAACACUCAUCAAAACACAGACUCGGGAUCAGUCAGGAAUGACGCUGUUAGCAGUAACGGUCAUCUGGGGAUUGCAAACAUUGCGGUCAACUCUCUACGCCACAUGCCGUUAGUCAGACAGAAUCGUGGAAGAGGAAGAAACAAAGGUCCUGGGACGCACGCAUGUCCUCAGUGUGGAAAACUGUUCCCUCAUCAUUCCCGGCUAAAGGUGCACAUGCUCAUCCAUACAGGAGAGAAGCCGUACGUCUGCGGCCAGUGUGGAAAACGCUUCAACAACGAUGGGACUCUGAGGAACCACAGUCGUGUGCAUCUGCAGCUGCGUCUGUUUGACUGUCCCGUGUGCGCGCGCAGCUUUAAGGAUGCCUACACUUGUCGAAAUCACAUGCGUGUUCAUAGUAGGUGAGAGAGCGACGUGUCUGCCUCAGAAAGGCUAACUGACUCGUUUAAUCCCACAUUUUUUUCUUGAAAUUUGAAAAUAAACAUUUUACUGAUUAAGGCAGUGUUUCUCAACCACGUUCCUGGAGGACUACCAGCACUGCACAUUUUCCAUGUCUCCUUAACCGAACACACCAGAUUCUGAUCAUCAGCAGAGACUAUAAAAUCUGCAAUGAGUGUGGACAGACAUAGAAGUCAUCCGAAACAUGCAGUGCUGUUGGUCCACAAGGAACAUAGUUGGGAUUGGAGAAACACUGGAUUAGGACAUUCACACUGAACAUGUCUGUGUGUCUAGAAAUGUGAGAUGCAGUGCUCAGGAAUGUUUUUUUUAAAAGGAACCUCUUCUUUCAGGUUAACAUCAGAUAGAACUGUUGUCAUGUCAACUUGCUACUGUAAACCAGAGCCAUAGAGAGAGAGAGAGCUGCGUCAACAGAAGUCCAAACUGUUUAAUUGUCACGUCAUUCAUGUAGACUCAAACAGUUUCAGGAAGUGUUUUGUGAUCAAUUCAGUAAUGUUAGAUAAUAUUUUAACAUAUCCACAAUCUUGUUUUUAGAAACUUUGAUUUGCAUGAGCCACUAUACGCUUAUUUGACGCGACCGCCAUUUUAAAGAACCAAAGCGAGGCUGCGGUGGGAAGUAUAGGACCAGCUCUGUAAACAUUGCAGUAACAUACUGUGGACUACAAACCUCCAGCUGUUGCAAAGAUUUAAAAAUGCAGGAAUGGUGUAAACAUCACAAUAAUAUAAUUCAGUAAGUUUAUUUUAAACAAUAAAAAAUAAUUGAGCAUCAAACAACAUCGCUAUCUCUGUAAGAGUAAUAUGCUCAAGUGUCCUCCUAGGCUUCAGUUCAUGGCGGCAGGUAAACACCGUGGGGAGGCCUCCCUGCUUCAGCUUAUGUAACCCGGUGAGUAAUAAAACACUGCAGUCCGCUGUAGCACACACCCUCGUGUUAUGUGUAAUAGUGUUGUCCCGGUACUGAAGAUUUAAAAACGUCCAUUUCCUGCUAACAUUCAAUCGCCGCUGAGAGCGUUCAUAAACAGCGCUGAUUUACCAUAGUAUUCACCAGUUCUCAUCAGUUUACCGCUCUUCACCGAGUGCAAACACUCGGAGACUGGAGCGCGAAGCAGCCAUGACGAUCAGUCGAGU